ACCGAUGGCUGCUUUUUUUCUUAGUUUUAGCUUUUAAACGUUGUAAUUGUUAGCUUUUCCUGUUCUCACUGACAUUAUUCAAUUCAGCUCUUAGCCCUUUAAGGUUAUGUCCCGUUGUGUCACUGAUAGCUACAGCUGUUUGUAACAUUGAAUCUGUCGUCUUUUAUCGGUUUUCAGGGUGACGUUAACCUAGCUAGCUAACGUUAAUUGCUCAACUCCGUUUCAUUCCGUUAAGCCAAAAGGAAGAACUGCGGCGAGCCCUCCACUACAGAUGGUCUAAACUGAAGCAUGAUGAAGCACACACAUAGUUGGUGCCAGGCUACUCCCUCAAUGACUGUUGGAGUCAAACCCAGCAAUUCCCACUCCCUCCAAAUCCGAAGAGGUCUACAGCUCAAAAGAGCCAACGCCCGAGACGCCCAGGGCCCACCAGGGAAGAGCCAGCCAAGCCAGCGUCGGGACGCGAUCUGUUAUACCAAAAUGACCAUGCCCCCAACCAUUGUCAUCCAGCGGCAGGAAAUGGCAUCGUUCUUUAGACUUUUUGAUGAUGACCUGAUCCAUGACUUUCUGUGGAUGGACUGUUGCUGUAAAAUGACUGACAAGUACCUUCUUGCCAUGACCUUUGUGUACUUCAAAAGGGCCCACUUCACUAUUGCUGAAUACACCAGAAAGAAUUUUUUCAUUGCGCUGUAUCUUGCCAACACCAUGGAGGAGGAUGAGGAAGAGAGUAAGUAUGAGAUUUUUCCAUGGGCGCUGGGCAAGAACUGGAGGAAGCAGUUUCCCCGCUUCCUCAAGCAACGAGACAAGCUGUGGGUUCGCGUCGAGUACAGAGCUGCUGUCAGCAGGCGCUGCUGUGAAGAGGUGAUGGCCAUUGUGUCCUCUCACUUCGUGUGGCAGCGAGAGCGGUCAGAACACCACAGCGGCGCCCAGCGGCAGUAUGGGUACCACACUCGUAUCCCCCGUGGGCCCUCGGCCUCCCCGGUCUCCUGUGCCCUCUGUAAACGUGGCACUGGGUUGGAUCAGGGCCAAGGCGCCUCUUCUCCCUCCAGAGGUUUUUCUGUGCAGAGCCCAAACCCCGCCUUUUCACACCCAUUCACCUCUGCACUGAGUUUGGAGAUCACCCCACCCAGAGCUGCAGUCUCUCGCAGGAAGGCGGUGGAGACUAAAAGCCAGGCACAACAUUCCUUCUGCUGCUGUGCUGAGGAGGUUCCCAGUAGGGGAUGAGUCUUGCUGUGGGUCCACAUAUGACACCUCCAUGGACUGGAUCAGUGAGGAGUAGAGUGUCACAGCACCUCAGCAGACCCAGCUGUUCUGUGUAUUGCUCUCUCUCCUCUUUAAUACCACUUUUACUCUGAAGUAAAGGUCUGAAUCACAAGUGUAACGCAAUGUGAACCUGGUACUGAUUUAACGUAACUGGUCAAAACAAAUUCAACCAUUUAGGUGACUUUAAGAAUGAGCUGAUGUCAUUCCAUACAUCAUUUUGUGAUGGCAACAUGCAGUAAGACUGAUGUGGCACACCAAAGAGUAAUGUAAAGAUGUGUUUAACCUGCACUGAGUUCUUUGUAUUUAUUUAUUUAUAUAUUUAUCUGCUGAAGCCCUUUGGGAUUUUUUGACGACCACUUAUUUAUACACAGAUGUUAAAUGAAAUUGACAAAAACACUUUGUUAGACUGAAUCAAAGUUUAGCCACUGUCGCAUACUGGGAUUCUAGUGGGUGUGUUUUUAGUAUUGUUACCAAUGUGCCUGUUUAAUGAUCCAACACUGCUUCUUAAGUUUGGAAUAAAGACUUGAACUUAAA